CUGGCAGGCUGACAACACAAAGGCACUCAGGUGUGCAGCCCUCUCGCCAUGUUGCGCAGCAGGCUGGCUUCACAGCGACUAGUAUCACGGUCACAAUGUCUCGGGGCGAGCUUGGUGCAGCAAAGUCGGCGACGAGCGAGCACGUCAGUAGCACACCCAGAGGAACACAUCGAGCCCUCUUCGGGACGCAGCGAAGACUUCUCUGCGCCUAUCUGGCGUUAUACGGCGCUCGCUGCAGUUGGCGGAUUCCUGUGGUAUCACUACUCGCUACGUUUCUCCCCCGCCCUCAACGAGGACGACAGAGAACCUGGAGAGAUCUAUGAGGACGAGCGGAAGCCUUUCAUCUCCCGCUGGCUCGCCUAUCACUCGCCGGACGCUAGCCAGGACGUAAAGACGAAAUCUGUAGCGCGCUUGGCUUGGAUUAUGAACGAAUCAGAUCAGCAGAUCCUGCUACAAUCAGCUCGUCGACCGAGGAUGCGUGCUAUCCGCUACCCUGCCGCUUUCGAACAAGCUUCGCCAAAUGGACUCAUCGUUGGCAAUCAGGUCGACAUGACGGGCAUUAAAUUCAGACCAGAACACGCCGUCUUUGACCAAGCAAAGCACAAGGAGGAUCUCAGUGUCGACGAUGAGGGCGAACAAGAGCAGGAUGACGAGUAAAGCUCUGUGUACCGUGCACGAUGUUGCGCAACAUUGCAUAACUCCUCUGUGUGCUAGCC